AAAAAAAUGUUUACAAGAGAUUUUUAAUAUGGCAUAAGCAGUAUUGUCAGGAAUAGAUGAUUUCACCCUGUGAUUCAGGAUGAGGCAGCGCAGACAAGAAUAAAAAAGAAUCUUUUGCCCCUUCGCAUUCGGACUUUAUAAGAUAAUGGGCUUUCAAAUCAUAAAAGGAAGAAUAAAAAGCCCAGUAGCUGAAUAACCCAACAACACAUUUAGUUAGGUCCUGUCUGCAUCAGUUAGGUCAGCUUUGGAUUCGGGGUUCAUCAUACAUUCAUACUGAAUUUUGAUAACGAGCCUUGCCUCUCUGAUAAUGGUAGGAUUCUCCGAGGAUGGAAACAACAGCACAUCGGAAAAGAGGCAACGUACUUCGGGUGAUACGAAGGGGAAGAAGAAACGCACGGCAACGCUGCAUGAUCUAGAUGCUAUCGAGUGUCCUCUUUGCUUCAAUCCUCUCACCAUUCCUAUCUUCCAGUGUGAUAAUGGUCAUAUAGCAUGCUUUACUUGCCUCCACAAGUUGAAGCAAAAAUGUGCAACAUGCUCGUUAAAAACUCGUUCACGCAAUAGAGCUAUGGAACGGGUUCUUGAACUACUUAGAGUUCCAUGUCCAAAUGUAGAACUUGGUUGCUCCGGGAUUAUCUCUUUUGCUGAAACAUCAACACAUUUAGAGAUCUGUGCUUUUACCAAACGUGCUUGCCCUUUCACCAGCUGCGACUUUGUUUGCUUUAACAAGGAUUUAUAUGAACACAGCGUUGCUAAACACUGUGAGUCCUCGUAUAUGUUUGAGUGUGGAAAGCCCGUGUUUAUAUACCCCAUGAGUGGCAAGAGGGUAAUUCUCAAGGAACAGACUACAGAAGGAGAAGGAGAAGGAGAGAUUGUUAUUGUAGAGUGUUUUGACACACCACAAGGUCGAAUAUUCUAUGCUAGUUGUAUUGGACCAGGAGAAGAAGAGUUAUCCUACACCUUCAAGUUGUUUUCAUAUUGCUCUGAUCGCUUGUGGUUUGAAUCAGAUCUCGAAAGAGUUCUUGAAGUGAGCGAUGAACCACCAGAUGAGCAUUUUAUGUUGGUUCCUUCAUGCAUGUGCCCUGACUACAAAUUUUAUAUAUGCAUCAAUCGGCAGACUGAAGAUGAUGAUGAAUAAGUUACUACUUUCAUCACUGAUCAUCAGCCACAUUGUUUUUUUUUUCAUCAGCCACAUUGUUACUCUUAACUACUCUAUGGUUUGUGCUUAAGGAGUUUGAUAACGAGCUUUCUUUUUCUUAGAAAGAAAUAACGAGCUUUUGACUGUUUAAGUAACCAACCCAAAUGAAUAUGUAAGAUAAGGUUUGGAAAUAGGACAAACAUGUCUCCUUCUAUCUCACAUGAUAAUUGUCGAUGUGGGAUUAGAGAGAGCGACUGAAUAUUUAAAGUUGUACGCAUGUGCUCGUGUGUGUGUAGACGUGUGUCUCAACAUCAUAAUAGCAAUGAAUGGAUCAAAUUAAAUUGAGCAAACAUCUAAAAGAAAAAAGAAACAUGUGCCACAUGAUGGUUUUGAAUUGGUCAACUUUGACGGAUUGGUACAUUUAGAAGAUUAGUGCCAAACGAUUUGUUGAUAUGUCAAGUAUCUCGAAUUGGUUCAAUCUUGUUCCGUUGAAUUGAGUAGGCAAUAACAGAAAAUUUAGAAAUGAUUUGUAAACAAAAUGGGAGUUGAGCCGAAUUUAAUAAACCAAACCGGAUAUACGUCAGGUUAAGGAAGUUGCGUACAUGGAGAAAAGGACGAAAAGUAAAUUAUACACAAAAUAAAUAAAAAACGAAUGAUCGAAGAAGCGUCUUCGUGCAAUUGAUAUAUCUGUUUUUUUUUUUUUUUUUCCAAUUGGCUAAUAUCUGUCUUUUAACUCCCACUCUCAUUACAAGCACAUGCUUUCACGUCUUCUUUCCAAUUGGUCUUUUGGUUUUAAAUAUUUAGGCUUUAUUUGCUUCUGUAAGUCUCUUCAUAUUUAAAAAAAAAAAGAAGAUAAUACUACAAAAUAUAAAUUUUUUAGAGAUUACAAUAUUUAUUGGUUGAGAUGUAAUAAUUUUCUUAACUUAAUUUUCAUCUAUAGCCUUUUAAAAUAUCAAUCAAAUUUUAUAUUAGUUUUUAAAACUAUAAUCUAAAAUGGUAGCUAGAAACCUUAUUUUCUAAAUCAAUAUUUGUAAACUGUAUAAAAAUUAUGCUGUAGAAAUACUUUUUUUUUCUUUUCAUAUUUAACUUUUAUAUAUAAUGCAGAGACAGCCACAUCAAAAAAUAUUCUCAGAUAAAAUUCAACAUUUUUGUACAGCUAUAUAGUCCAAAUUAGUCAUCUACUGUAUCAAAUUUUUGGGAAACUAUUUUGAUGUUUGUUAAGCUUUCUCUAUUGUAAAUAUUAAAAUUUGUUGUGAAAGAAACUAAAUAAGUUUUAUAAUCAAUGCUGGUUCUCUAAAUCUAUUAAAAUGUCCAAAAAAAAAAUAUAAUCAGAUUUGAGUGAUCUUUUGAACUUUGAGCAAUUGGGAAAGUAUAUGAAUACUAGUUAGUAUUUACUAUUUAAAGUAUUCAGUAAUUACUAAAUUUUAUAAAUAUUAUAUUUUUAGUGUGUGCAUAUUUUCUUAUAAUUUAUAGUGUGUGUGCAUAUUGCUAACCUUCUAAUAUGAAUAUAUAUUAAAACAUUUCAUCCAUCUAGUUAGAUCAGUAUGAAUGAUGAAAUAUACCUUGAUUAAUUUGAUACUCCAAUCCAGAAUAUC